AGGAAUAUAAAGAGAGUAUAUGGGAACAUGUUUCUUUUAAGCAUUUGCUGCUGUUGCCCAAAUGACUUAGGAAAGCUACUGUUUGGCAUAUGCACUUUUUCCCUUCCCCACCCGUAAACUUCCAUCUCCUCCCCUUUGACCUCAUUGGGCGUCUGGCGAAAUUCUGAUUUCUCAACAUCUCGGCUCCGGCAGCUGUGUCCCAGUCAGGAUUAGCAGAUGUGCAAGACAAGCUCUACACACUAUUCUACCCCAGGUGCUGCAGGCUGCCUGCCUGGAAGCUUCUGAGAAUUCCUGGAACUGAAAGCUCUUCUUGCAAUGGAAGCAUCAAUAACAGUCUUAUUAUUUGCUUUCACCAAAGUAGCUUCAUCUCUGUAUUAUGAAGGUUCAGGACACAGUGAUGGUGAGAUCCAAACCAAUGAGGUUUAUGUUGAAUCCCGCCCUUUGGGACCUUACAGAGCUCCUCGUUGGUGCUACGAUCUACAUAUCAGUGAUGGGGAAGCAACUUGCUAUUCGCCACUUGGCCCAAGGUAUCGUAGCACUCUAGGAACCCGAUGCCGUCUCUCGUGUGACCAAGGUUUCAAGCUCAUUGGACAAAGCUCAGUGCAAUGUUUAUCAAGCCGGCGCUGGUCUGGGAAUGGCCAUUGUAGGCGAAUCCAGUGUCAUGUUCUGCCCCCUAUAUUUUAUGGAUCAUAUCACUGCUCAGUAGGUGUUUCUGAGGGCUCUCGUUGUGAUUAUUCCUGUGCCCCCGGCUAUAUGGUGGAAGGAGACCGGAGUCGGAUCUGCAUGGAAGAUGGACAGUGGAGCGGAGGAGAACCUGUCUGUGUAGAUCUGGACCCACCCAAAAUUCAGUGCCCUGUGUCCCGCAUGAAAGUAGCAGAGCCAGAGAAAUUGACAGCAAGAAUAUUCUGGGGGAACCCACAAGUGAAAGAUUCAGCUGAUGGUGUUAUCACACGAGUAUUUCUCCGAGGCCCAGAACCUGGAUCUGAGCUUCCAGAGGGAGAGCAUGUCAUUCGUUACACAGCUUAUGACAGGGCCCACAACAGGGCAAGCUGUAAAUUUAUAGUGAAAGUACAAGUGAGGCGAUGCCCAGAUCUUACGGCACCUCUUCAUGGUUACCUCACCUGUAGCGCUGCAGGCAAUAACUAUGGAGCAACCUGUGAGUAUCACUGCGAGGGAGGGUAUGAACGCCAAGGCCCUGCUGCCAGAGUCUGCCAGUUCAGCCAGAACUGGGCUGGGACGCCAUCUACCUGCACACCCAUGCUGAUAAACGUUAAUGUGAAUUCUGCCGGGGCAUUCAUUGAUCAAUUCUUUGAGAAGCAACGUCUUUUAUUUAUCUCCAGCCCUAGUUCUUCUGACCGCUACUAUAGAAUGCAAACUACAGCUCUGCAGAGUUCAGGCUGUGGUUUGGAACAGCGCCAUGUAUUAAUUGUUGAGUUAAUUGGAGAAUCUCCCAGAGAAGUAGGACGAGUGCGCAAUCAGCAGCUGUCCAAGGAACUAAUAGAAGAACUGAGACAGGUUCUCCGCAUUUCCCGUUCAUACUUUAACAUGGUUCUCAUUGACAAGCACGGGGUUGAUAGAGACCGCUAUAGGCAGCCCACAGCAUCUGAAGAUAUCUUCCUUUUCAUUGAUACAUAUUUAUUGAGCCCUCGAGAGCUCUCCCAGGUGGAAUCAAAUAAAGAAAACUGCGAUUGAUGAAGAGAAA